AUGCUCCUCGAGGAUCAAAGACUAGCUCAUGAAGACAUCGAAAGACUGGAGAACGCGAUAGCGGAAAGACUGCGAGAUGAACCCAAGCACAUACGAGACAGACUGGCACGAGACCACCAAGUCAACGGUUUCAUGAACCGCAUACAAGAGCAGUCGACCAGACUACUUGACAUCUAUCAGGAUAGUGAGGGUACGCGGGCACGUGAGAUACAAUCUCUGUCUGCUGGGGACGUCUUCGAGUCGUUUAAUAAACAAUAUAACUCUAUCAAGGAGUAUCAUCGCAAAUACCCCAAUGAGCCGGUAGAGAACCUUGAACGCUCGUACAGGCGGCGUGGACCAGAUGAAGCCACAGGGACCAUGCAUGUGGAUGUCGAAUCAUUGUUUACAGGCGAGGAAGGUUAUGGUCGCUACUUUGACUUGACUAUGCUCCACGAGGAGUACCUAAACCUUCCUGGCGUAAAGGGCGCCCGACGACCAUCUUACCUUCAAUACCUCGAUAUCUUUGAUACUUUCCACCCACCGCAAUGCCCGAUCAAACGACCAGAGAAAAUGACUGAUGCGUAUUUCAGUUAUCUCGGCACGCUCUCACAAUAUUUGGAAGGGUUUAUGCGAAAGACAAGGCCCCUGGAAGAUCUAAGCAAGCUGUUUCAGAGCUUCGAUCAAGAGUUCGAGGAAUCGUGGAAGAAGGCUGAGUUGCCAGGCUGGCGAGAGGAACCCACUGAAUCUACCCAACGUGGACUCAAAACCGAAGGCACAGGUGAAGGUGUGUGGUGCGCAGAUUGUGAAGCCGAAUUCAAGAACGAGAACGUCUACAAGAAUCACAUGAAUGGCAAAAAGCAUAAAAGGGCCGCAGAGAGCAAGAAAGGUGGUACGAGUGGUGCAUCCAACGGCACGAGCUCAUCGAAAAGCAACGCAGCUGUGCUUAAAGUGAAAGAACGCGCUGUGGCCGAUCGAGAGUUUCGCAUAAGGAAGCUCGCAGCGGCCAUGCAGACAGAGCGCGGCGAUACACGAGUAAACGUUGAGCGUAAACAAGGCAUGACAGAUCGAGAGAGAGCGCAGGAGCUCGCAGCACUGUAUGCUGAAUCACAAGAGCCAGUCGGGCAGGAAGACCAGGAAGGGUCCGAUGAUGAUGGCGAAGAGAAAAUAUACAACCCAUUGAAGCUGCCGCUUGCGUGGGAUGGCAAGCCGAUUCCAUUCUGGCUGUAUAAGCUGCAUGGGCUUGGAGUCGAAUUCCCCUGCGAGAUAUGCGGCAACUUCGUCUAUAUGGGGCGCCGAGCCUUCGACAAGCAUUUCAGCGAAGCCAGACAUACAUGGGGCUUGAAGGCUCUGGGUAUCACUAACACAACUCUGUUCCGCGAGAUAACAGGCAUCCAGGAAGCCCUUGAUCUGUGGGACAAGCUGCAGAGGGACAAGAAGCAGGAGAAGACUACUGUCGAGAAUGUGGUCCAAAUGGAGGAUGGUGAUGGCAAUGUUAUGCCCGAAAAGGUGUAUUAUGACCUGCAAAAGCAGGGACUGCUGUGA